GGCAACUCGGCAACUUAGCAACUUCGUUUCGCGUCAGUGGAACGAAAAUGAUAAGAAGUUGCUCGGUUAUUGGCUGGAACUAGCAACCAAAUCAAAAUUUUUUGAUUUGGUUGCCAAGUUGCCAGUUGCUGGUUGCUAGUUGCUGCUUAUGUAGCAGUCGACUAACACUAACGCAAAGUACAAUGCAUUUCAAUUCUAAACAUAUGAUAAAUACGCAGACACACAAGUAUAGUACACAACUACGGACGAACACAAACGCCUUUCUUUUUUCUUCUCCCAUGAAAUUUAAACCCAUCGCCCAUCGGUUCUUGUGCUGUUCUACAUCUGCGGAAUUUUGUUUUGUUAUGGAAUUCAUUUCGAUGGGACGAUAGUGCUUUAAAAUAUAAACAUCAAAGAAUGGUUUCAUUUUGCAUUUAUUCAAUCAAAAUAAAUGGGUUCGAAAAUUGAAUAUGUUGAAUCAUCUCAGAUUUACGCUGCGAAAUAUGUACGCAAUUCCAAAGCCGUUGGUGUUCUGUGGGGAAUAUUUACAAUCUGUUAUGCCAUUAUUAGUACUGUUGCCUUCUUGACACCAGAAUGGAUUAGUGGAUCCUCGGAGUCUGAUAAUCCUGCGAGGUUUGGAUUAUGGAAUACUUGCUAUUUGGAUUCAAAUACUGAAGGAACUCAAGAUUGUUACAAGCAUAUUGAUAGUUUUUUGACGUUUCCUUUAUCGCCACUCAAGAUAGCUGCUAUCUUCGGUGCUAUUUCAGUAUUACUUUCUAUUUUUACAGUAUUAACUUUAUUGUUAUUUUCUUUUUGUACUUCCACGACUGUUUACCGUAUUUGCGGAUGGAUGCAAAUUGUAUCUGCAUUUUCAUUCGUUACUUCGGUAACAGUAUAUCCUUUAGGAUGGAAUUUGGAUAUCAUUCGUAAGACUUGUGGUUCAUUUUCUGAUGCGUAUAAUGCUGGUGAUUGUAGAAUAGGAUGGGCGUAUUAUUUGGCCGUAAUAAGUUGUUUAGAUGCUAUAGUACUUGCUACGUUGGCCUUUAUUUUAGCUGCCCGUCAUAUAAAACUUCAACCCGAGCCGUUAUACGGAAAUAAUGGAUCUUUGUAUAAAGGAGAAAUCAACAGUGCUUACAUUGGUGAUACAGGUUCGAUUGCUGGUUCAAGAAAGUCUUUGAAUUUGCAUCAGGUCUUACGUAUGCCACAACCGAUGACUGAAAUUGAUCGUUUCUCAGAAAUAUCAGCUAGAACUGGUCGUUCUAAAAUCUCAACCUAUAGACCUGAUUAUAUGUCUAAUGUACAAAAUUUUCAAUUGUAAAAUGAUUUAAGUUUUUGUUAUUUUGUAUCUGUUUUCAUUAUUUUAUUUGUAUCAAGUUUUAUACUAUUUCGUGACAUGUUUAUAUACCAAAGGUAUAAUAUUUAAACGCAUUCGAAUAAAAACCUGUAGUUUAAUAGUA